GGCGCAUACCGGUGUUCGCCUGACAGGGAGCAUGUGCAGCAGGUGGUGGUUUCCCUUGUCGCCGAGACAACUUGGACGAUCCACAAAAUUUUAACCCGAAAGAGCGCCAUUAUUCUCUAGUCUCCACGGCUGACCGAUACUUUUAUCUCCUCCAUCUCCAUUCCUAUCUUACUAGUAAUAGAGGGGGUGUAAUCAAACAUCAUUCGAUCACCGUUGCUGCAUCUGCUGCUCUUGCUAAUACGAUUUGCUCGAUUUGCUCGAUAGGAAUCCGGACAUUCGGAUUGCCUUUCUAUUGGCAGCUGAAUUUUUCGAGACUUUCUUCGAACAUCUUUUUGCAAGUCGUGCAUAGCAUCGGUAUUAUUAGCAACUAUCAACCACCAAUAAAUCUAUCUUCACCUCCGCUUGUUUUUCGCCCACGAUGUCCGGCACAAUGAGAGGUACGCCAAGUCGCAACCAAAAUCGCGGCGGCCGAGAUCCAUUUGGGGGAGCUGCCAGUCCUGCCAAUUCAAACAUUCCUAGACCAGUUCUCGACGGUCAUGGCCAUUCUCACCAACCCUCGCCGAGCGAUGCCGCCUCCGGAAUUAGCGCAAGUAGACAGAAGCAGAGCAAACGAGAUGAGGCCAUCCGAAAGAAACUGGAGAGCGAUCUCUCCAAGAAGAAGCACCUCACCGGCCGAGCUCGACAUUCGCGCAAAGCCCCACCCGGAACCGUCCUCGCUCUCAAGCCUAGCCCUGCCCUCCAGAUCAAGCCGGGCACCACUGUCGCCGAGGCCGCUCAGCUAAUGGCAGCCAAGAGGGAGGACUGUGUGCUAGUUACAGAUGAUGAUGACAGAAUCGCUGGUAUCUUUACGGCGAAAGAUCUCGCUUUUCGAGUAGUCGGCACUAACCAGAAGGCCAACAACGUCACUAUUGCCGAGAUCAUGACUACGAACCCCCUUUGCGCCCGCACCGAUACGAGCGCCACCGAGGCUCUCGACCUCAUGGUUCGCCGAGGGUUUAGACAUCUGCCUGUCAUGGAUGAGAACCAGGACAUCUCGGGUAUCCUCGAUAUCACGAAGUGUUUCUACGAUGCCAUGGAAAAGUUGGAGCGCGCAUACGCAUCUUCGACAAAGCUCUAUGCCGCGUUGGAAGGUGUACAGUCCGAAUUAGGUACUAGCCAACCCCAGCAGAUCAUCCAGUAUGUCGAGGCUCUGCGCUCCAAAAUGUCCGGGCCAACUCUAGAGAGUGUGCUGAACGGUACACCACCCACAACCGUCAACGUCAGAACCACUGUAAAAGAGGCAGCGACACUGAUGAAGGAGAAACGCACCACUGCCGUGUUAGUUCAAGACCAAGGUCAAAUUACGGGUAUCUUCACGAGCAAGGAUGUGGUAUUGCGAGUUAUCGCACCUGGUCUAGACCCUGCGACCUGCAGCGUCGUUCGCGUCAUGACACCGCACCCCGAUUUCGCCCCCAUGGAUAUGAGCAUCCAAGCUGCUCUCCGAAAGAUGCAUGAUGGUCAUUACCUCAACCUCCCGGUUAUGAAUGACCAGGGUGAAAUUGUUGGCAUGGUUGACGUGCUUAAGUUGACCUAUGCGACACUUGAGCAGAUCAACACCAUGGGAACGUCAGGUGACAGCGAAGGCCCCGCGUGGAACAAAUUCUGGCUGUCUCUUGACAAUGAGACUGAGUCGAUGGUUUCCGGGGAUGGCAGUCAUCACCACGGUGGCACUAUGGUAUCCCGGUCUAUAUUGUCCCCCGAUGCCCAGCGUGAACGUAUGAAUGACUUGGUAGCGCCCGGUGAUAGCGCUUCCCAUGUGGGCGCUGAAUCAUCGCCGGUACACUCCUCGCUUGCCCACCAACAGGCGGGAGAUACGCCGUUUGCGUUCAAAUUUAAGGCACCAAGUGGUCGUGUCCAUCGAUUGCAAAUCGUCGCGAGCGAUGGCAUCGAAAAUUUUGUUGAGAGCGUGUUAGGUAAGCUCGGCAGCGAAGUGGACGCCAUCGGCGGUGCACCAGUAGUAGAAGAUGGCAGGCUGAGCUCCGGCGGUUUUGCUAUGAGCUACCUAGAUGACGAGGGCGACACAGUCAGCAUCACGACUGAUCAAGAUCUCCUGGAAGCGGUUCUGCUCGCGCGACACCAUCACCGCGAGAAAGUUGAUCUUUUUGUCCAUGAUCCGGAGAAGCCACCGGUUGCCGCUGCCCCUCAGCACGAUAACUUUGCUACCCCGGCUCCAAGCUCGGCUCCCUCCGAUGUUCGUCGCAGACGACAUACGCACGAUGACGAUGAGGAGUACGAGAGCGACGAGGACUAUGCGUCGGCCAGGCGUCGUAAGAGAAGCAGUGCCUACAUCGAGCCCGAACAGGUUAUCGCCGGCGUGCCUAACGAGUUACUACUCCCCGGUGCUAUCGUCGCUCUAGCAGUGGUCAUUGUAGGCGUUUUCACCAUCUCGAGGGCAACCAGCCGGUAAGAAGUUUUGACAGUUGGAAGUGGAAGCAUGGCUAUCGGAGUUUGCGAGUGCAAGGGGGGAACAUGGGGGAACAGGAAUGCGAGAUGGGGAUGUAGAUACUUGUUCUCAACCCUGAUGGUGAAGAAUAGAUCACUUCGUAAUAGCUAACUUAUACCUGGCCUAUUGAAAUUACAUUGAGUUUUCUACA